AUGAAGGUUUUCUCUUGGCUCACUCUUUUUCUGCUUCUUCUGUCUUCGCCUGUCAACAGUCUUCCUUUUGUCGCUAUUGCGUUGCAAGCGGGAGCCAGCGUAUUUGUGAGAGAGCAAAUUAUUGACUUUCUCGUCGAAAAAGUCGGAAAACCUCUGCUGCUAGAAGUCAGAAACUUCGUCGACGAAAUUAUCGACGAAGCUCUUUUAAAAACGGACGCUUCGGAGGACAACGCAGCGGAGUCGACUAAAGAAAUAGAGGAGGAACCAAUCGAGAAUGGAACGGAGGAUGCUUGGGAGGAUGUUGGGGAAGAUGCUGGGGAGAACAACCCACCAGAAGACGACCAAACCGCACGUGUUCGUGGUGGAGGAAGAGGUGGAUCGUGGGGGCGUGGUGGUCGCAGACAUGACGGUUUUUAA